UAAAAACGGCCUCCGUGAUACUAUAAAUUGAAGCUAAUUAACUUGCGUUAUAUACAUCAAACUAAUAUUAAUACUGUCUUCCUCGACCUUCUCUUCACCGUAUACAACUUUAAUUUUGUUCCUUCCUGCAGGUUCAGUUCUUAAAAUUUAUAUAAUGGGGCAACGAAAGAAUAUGAUCAUCUUUUUCAUAUUUCUUUUGAUGGUGCUUGGGAGUACCGAUGCAAGAAAAUAUCCGGGAAGACAUAAGAAGAGUGACGACAAAAGAGGAUCAAAAGAACAUCAUCAUCAUGAUCAUCAUCAUGAUAAUAAAGGAUCAAAAGAUCAUCACAAUCAUGACAAUAAUAAAGGAUCAAAUAAACAUCAGCAGCCUCCUAAUGAAGGAUUAAGCGAUCAUCAGCCCGUUACUUUGAGCGUCAAUGACCAAUAUGCCAUUAUGGAUAACGGAAUCGUCCAAGUUACGUUUGCAAUUCCAGGAGGUCAUGUGGUUGAAGUUCAAUAUGAUGGGAUGAAAAAUGUACUUGACGCGACUCACAAAGUGAGCAACAGAGGGUACUGGGAUAUAUUUUGGACCACUAACGAUGCCCAAGGAGAAGAAUGGUUAAGUAUGAAAAAAUUCAAAGUGAUCAACAAUGAUGAGAACCAAGUAGAGCUUUCCUUUUCAACACAAUGGAAUGGAGAUACAAAUUUGAUUCCAGUUAACUUAGACAAGAGGUUUGUAAUGCUUCGAGGUUCAUCCGGAUUUUAUAAUUAUCUGGUGAUAGAUCACGACAGACGUUUUCCAGCAACAACUCUUUCUCAAAUACGAGUAGCUUAUAGACUUAACAAGGACAAGUUCCAUUACAUGGUCAUUUCGGAUGAUAUACAAAAGAUUAUGCCGACGGACGAAGAUUUUGCGACAGGUCAACGACUCGCGUAUAAAGAAGCGGUUCUUUGGACAAAUACUUCCGAUUCAACACCCAAAACCGCGGUUGAGGACAAAUAUAUGUACUCUCAAGACAUGAAAGAUCAACAAGUACAUGGAUGGAUAUCCUCUGAUAAAGCUCCCAUAGGAUUUUGGCUCAUUAAAGCAAGUACGGAAUUCUAUUCAGCCGGUCCGUUUAAGCAGGAGCUUACUUCUCACGUCGGACCAGUCAGCCUUGUCGACUUUUUUAGCAAUCAUUAUGCUGGUCAAAAGUUGAUAUUAUCGGUUGAGGAAGGAGAAUCUUGGCAGAAGGUGAUGGGUCCUUGUUUUGUUUACUUGAACAAAGCAUCUGCUUCGCAAAAUACUCGUGAACAACUUUGGAGCGAUGCAAAAGAACAGUUGCAAAAAGAGAAUGAUAAGUGGCCUUAUGAUUUUCUAUCGUCUGAAUUUUAUUUCAAAGCUAAUCAGCGAGGAUCCGUUCAAGGUCAAUUGUUUAUUAGCGAUAGGUAUAUAAAUAAUGAUUUGAUACCAGCGAGUUCUGCUUGGGUAGGACUGGCCGCACCCGGUGAGGAAGGUUCAUGGCAAACUGAGACAAAGGGAUAUCAAUUUUGGGUUAAGGCUGAUAAUGAUGGAAAAUUUUCUAUCAAAGGGGUUAUUGAAGGAGAGUAUAAUCUGUAUGCGUGGAUACCAGGUUUCUUUGGCGAUUUCAGACAUAAUACAAACAUCAGAGUACGUCAAGGUGACCAAAUCAAUUUAAACCAAAUUGUAUACCAACUACCAAGAAACGGACCUACCCUUUGGGAAAUCGGGAUUCCUGAUCGUACUGCAGCUGAGUUUUUUGUGCCGGAUCCCAAACCAGAAUACAUAAAUCCUGGCCUCCCCAUCAACGACAAGAACAAAUACAGACAAUACGGCUUAUGGGAGAGAUACACCGAUCUUUAUCACGAGAAUGAUAUUGUUUACACAGUUGGUGAGAGUGAUUAUACUAAGGAUUGGUUCUAUGCUCAUGUACCAAGGCAAACACAUGAUAAUGAAUUACAACCAACAACAUGGCAAGUCCAAUUCCCACUCCAAAAUGUUAAUCCAUAUGGAAGAUAUACGUUAAGAAUCGCAUUAGCAUCAUCAAAUAAUGCUCAACUUCGAAUUCGCUUCAACGUAGAUACUUCAUCCAGGCCACAAUUUACGACAAGAAUGGUAGGACGCGAUAAUGCAAUUGCAAGGCAUGGAAUUCACGGCUUGUAUUGGCAGUACAAUUUCGACGUGCCAGGCACAUUCCUUCAAAAUGGAAUGAACACUCUUUAUCUCACACAAUCCUUUGUCGCUAAUUAUUUUUGUGGUGUUAUGUAUGAUUAUUUACGUUUAGAGGGCCCUAGUUAUUAGUGUCGGUACGAGGUUUAGUGUUUAAUUUACUAGGGAGAUAUAUAAACUGAAUACUUCUUUUAAUGUACGUAGUAGUAUUGUUUUGGUUGCUUAACUAAUUCAUUUUAUUGUUUAACUAAUUGGUUUCAUUGUUUAACUAAUUGGUAAUGUUGUUUAAUUAAUUAGUUCA